AUGUCUUCUUUGUCCGAUUCUGGCGAACCUGCUUUAUUGCAAUUGAGAAAAUGGGGUCAAGUCCGUCCCAAACUUUCAGAUUUUCAUCAAUUUCUGAUAUCCCCAACACGGGAACUGCUGCUUUUCCUCUCGCAUCAGUCUGACGCAUUAUUGAUUUCCUUGUUAAAAGGUGUUUUUUUCUAAUGUUUCCCAUUCUUUUUCUGUAGCCUGUAUUUUUUCAUGGUUAUUAAUAUAUAAAAGUUGUUCAGACAGGUUCUGCGAGGUUGUUCAGAAGCCAAUAACUUCAAAAUUUAGUUCUGCAGGGAAGGCAGAUCCUUGUUUUUUAGACUCAGCUGAGAAGUGUGCACAGCCAGCUAUAUAUCUGGGGACUGAAACAAGUAAUACAUUUCUACAUGGGGGAAGAUCCUUGCUAGACCAGCCAGCUGUUCUUUGUAAUGUGCGAUCAGUAGCUUGGAGCCAUUGUGGCGAUGCAUAUAAUCGAAAUGGGGAAUCUGCCUUUAGAGAUAUUCUUGUUGUGUCUUCUGGCAAUGGCAUUUAUAUUCACGCUUUCAGUGAGAUUGGCACUAGGUGUCACAAAAUUCACUCAUUGCCUAAAACCGAUUUUGUGCAUGGUAAGUGGGUUGUUUGGGGGCCCACCUUUGAAGAUUCUUAUGAAUGCCAUGGGGUUUCUGUUGCCAAGACAAGUCAAGAUGGUUAUGAUGGGAUUAAAAUUUCGGAUUCAGAAGGCAGUUCUGUACCUGUCGAAUUUUCUGGACUUGCAGGUAGCUCUGCAUCUAAAAACUGGUUUAGAUCUUUCCUAAUCGACAUGGAUUUCUUCCGUGCUACAGGUGACUUUGUAUUCAGGUUUCCCGAAAAAUCUUCACUUCCGCCUUCCGCAGAGGUAGUGUCUUUUAACAUUUUUGAGAGUAUAUUGCAGCUCUUAGAGCCCUGCACUCGUAAUGCAGAGCGUGCAUGUGAAAAUGUGUUGGAAUCAUCAGAGUGGAAUCCGGCGUUUGAAGAUUCAAACUCAAAUAGUAUACACACUAUUUCUGAUACUGAAGAUCACACACUUAAACCUGAAACGAGGAAAGAUAAUGUUGCUGGCUCUGCUCAUGGUCUGUAUAAGUGCUCCAGGGUUUUCUCCAGUACAUCUGAUCAUUAUGUUGGCCUACUUUUAACAGAUGAUGCACCACAUCACGUGAGUGAAGAACAUAUCACACAUCUGAAGACUAUUGUUGUCAUUCUCACCGUUUCUCUUUGGGGUAUGCAGUGGACUUGUUCAGUGGAUCUUCAGGAGUCAUGCUCAGAACUCAGCCCGUUACUAGAAUGGGUUGACUUCCAAUUUAUUAAAGGGCUUCUCGUCUGUCUGAAUGUUUCGGGUCUUGUUUACAUUUGGGAUGCUAAAAGUGGUGAUGCUGUUUUACAUAUUGAUGUCCUACAGAAUAGUUUUGUCCCUGUAAAGCCGAAUUCUCAAUUGGUUGAAAGAGCAUCCUCUGUAAAAGGUAUUUCUUCUCCAAUGAAAGAAGGCAAUAUGGGGGAAUAUCCACAGGCAAAUGAGUUUUGUGUAAAAAGAGUAUUUGCAGGUUGUCAUGUACAACCUAAAAGAGUUUUCAGAAAGUUACUUUUUACUUCACAGUCUCUAUCUCUAGCUGCUGUUGAUGAGUAUGGAGUGAUCUAUUCAAUUGGUCCUGAAGAACUUUUAUUAGCAAACAUGUAUAAAGAGAACAAUGAUUUUCGUGGAGUCAUUUCUCCUUUUCAGCAUUUGGGUUUUGGUAUGCUAGCUGGUUGGAAGGCUGCCUCUUCUGGGAUUGGUCAUCAGAAGGUAUUUUCUGAUUUUAUCCUUGAUCAAAGUUUAAACUCUUUCACUAAUUUAGAUGGGAAAAUUUCAAGGCUGAUCAACACCACAGAAGUUGAACCGAGGAAAAAGAGAAGACUCAAUAUUCAGUCUAAGGAGGAGCAUAUGGAUUCUUAUCCAAGUGGUUUUUCUGUUCAUUCACGGGUUAAUGGCUCUCAAAUUUGUCAUUAUACAGCAGCUGGCUCUACUCGUAGAGUAUUUCUUCCCAUUGACAAAUAUAGCACGGAGGAUGCAAUUUCUUUUUCUCCUUUUGGCAUUACACGGCUUGUUAGAAUCAACAAAAAAGAAACGAAAAUAGUGCAUAUUGGCCUACAGGCAGCAACAUCUGCUUAUGAUGAUAGCUUUCUUUCUGAAUGGGUUUCCUCCUUCAGUAAAGAACGGUCUCUUGGCUUUGAAGCAAUUGGAUGUUGUUUUGAAGGAUUUCUUUAUAUUGUAACAGAUGAAGGUCUUUUUGUCAUUCUCCCUUCGCUUUCAAUUUCGUCAGGUGCCAUUGUAACUACAUCAAUUGAAUAUUGCCAGACUAACACCAUCCAAGCUUGUCAGAAAGAAACCUUAUAUGCAAGAGACGGGUUUAGACCUUGGCAAAUAGAGGUUUUAGAUAGAACUCUUUUGUAUGAAGGACCAGAUGAAGCAGAUUAUGUUUGCUGGGAAAAUGGUGAGCACAAACUUAUGGUUUUUGAAUUUGAGUUUGUUGUCCUACACUAAUAACCAUGCUUUGUUCGAAAUCUUAAGUGCUUAUGUUGUGUGAGGUGUCAAUUUCUUUCUUAUUGACUAAGUCUGCAUGGCUUCAAUAUAUUUACCGCAUAAUAUUAUUGUUUAGUUGGUUAUUGGAUGAUAUAAGAGAGAUAUCAUGCCCUUUGUUCUGGUCUCCAAAUGUGCAUCUACCACAACCGUGAUUUCUGUCAUAUUGUGUCUCCUGAUAAUUAUAUUUUUGAUUAAAAUCUGUCACUAUAGACCAUUCAGAGAUGACAGUUGGUUGGUUAACCCGAGGUUUUCUCGUUUUCUUCAUAAAAGUGUACAGUGCUACUUAAAUAUAGAAAAUAAACGAGAUAUGUGAGUACGCAUGUGCAAUCAAAAGCCCUCGAUAGAAGGGUUGAUUGUACCCGUGUGCAAUGAUAAACCCUUCUAAGAUUGGAGAAUCACACUGUUCCUUAAUUUCAUAACACAAUUGUAUGUGAAUCACACAUCUUCCUUCCAAUAGGACAUAGGCUUUUCUUUUAAUACAUUGGAUGUUCCUUCCCAAAAACUUUGUUCUUAUUGUCACCUGGCAGAAGGGAUAAUAGAUUGGAGAGAGGGAAUUUCAAUCUUUCGAAAGUGGUAUGACAUUGCUUGGAUUAAGAAUUUGGUAUGCUGAGAAAACGUCUUACACCUAGAAUGGGAAGAGAAACUAUUUCAUUUGUCUAACUUUCUAGGCUUUCCAAUUUUCAUUUUCAAUGGCUUUCCAUUUAUAUAGUUAUUAGCCCAAAUAUCUUCUGCAAUGAAGCUGUGCUCGAAAGCCAUCAAAAAUUGGCUUAAUUGGCUUUUCUUUUAUUAACUUUUAGAAACUCUAGAGAAAUCCAGCUUCAUUUUGUUGUACCAGAAACGGAGUCUGCUGCCUUAGUUUCAGUCAUUUUUGGACUUAUGGAGUUUUGAUUUUCAUGGGGAUCUCAGGACUGCAUCAGGUGAAAGAAUUCAGAUUGUUGCAUAGUGCAAGUUAGUGUGAUCUGAGUCACUAAGGAGUUACAUGUUAAGACAAAUGUAGUCAUGAUAACACAAAGUCUAGAGCUCUAAUAGGCGCCCAGCACUCAUGGAAGAAGAAAUCAAACUUUAUUGAUCAAAAACAGUUUACCAAGAGAGUGAGAUCCAGUAUUUAUACCAGAUCCCUUGGAGGUCCUAGACAUACUGAUGUAACAAGAAAUGAAAGGUACAUGAGGACAUAUAUGUAAACAUGUAAGGUAUACAAGUUAUUAAGUACAUCUCGACAACAUUUCCCCUCAAGCUGGUGAGGGGAUGUCAUCCAUUCCUAACUUGAGAAUAAUCUUCUGCAGUUGUGUACCUGAGAUGCCUUUAGUAAGUAUGUCUGCCAACUGAUUAUUUAUUAAAAUGUAUGAUAUACAAAUCACAUUGGCCUCAAGUUUCUUUUUGAUGAAAUGGCGAUUGAUCUCCACAAUUUUGGUAUGGUCAUGCUGUACUGGGUUGUGCAUUAGAUUGAUUGCUGACUUAUUGUCCCAAUAAAUCUUCAUAGGACUGAAUAAAGGAAUUUGUAACUCAUCAAGUAAGUUUUUGACCUAAAGUAACUCACAUAUUCCUUGGGCAAGUGCCCUAAGUUCAGCCUCAGCACUUAAUCGAGCAAAUACAUUUUGUUUUUUACUCCUCCAAAUAACAAGGUUGCUACCAAAAAAAGUAAGAUGAUCAGAGGUUGACCUUCGAUCAAUCAUUGAGCUUGCAUAGUUAGCAUCUGUAAACAUCUCGACCUCGACCUGCAUGUUUACUAUGUUGUUAUGAGUGAAAUCCUCCUAUGAAUUGUGGGAGAGGAUGAUGCAGCUUUGAGUGAAAGACGAGAAACAUCCACAAAGGAACCCAAAGUCACAAUCAUGCUGACUCUGAGUUUAGUAUCUUGAAAUAACUACCAAUACGAGUGAUGAGUUGCCUUUUUAAUAAAAGAAGGAUAGGCAACCUGACCCAAAGGUAAAAUGUCACUGAUGCUUAACAGAUUUCAUGACGUAUAGUUCAGCAAACGUAAAAGUCAGACCAGAUGGUAAUCAGGCUCCUCACUUCAGCAUGUUUAUCCUCAACAUCCCGGAUUAAAUGUAAUCACCAAAUCAUAAAGAAGGAGAAGAGAUUUUUCUAUUUACAAUCUAAGGCAACUAUGGACAUGUGCUGAUGCUCUUGCUUUUAAGCUCAGCAAUCUGGGAGUUACUGUGUAGCUAUUAUAACAAUAGUCUAUUUGAUGACAAGAAUCAUUAAAUCGGCAGCCAAACGUGCCUCUAUGCUAGGUAAGCCCAUGAAUGCCUAUGCAUUUACUAUUUUAAUCCCUGGACAGUUGUCGUACCAUCUCCUUACAUCAGAAAUAUGCUUUUCUCUGUUGUGUUUGACUUUUCUUGCGGGAAUGAAGGAAAUCUGUGCUGAUUUUAAAUUUCUUCCUGCUAUAUGCUGGAAAGGUGGUUCUCCUCAGUUGAAUUAAGUGGCUUCGGCUUGAAGAGUAUAAUCUUUGAGAAAUAAUUUCACCUUCAUAUUUUUGGUUAACUUAGCUGAAAGCUAACAACGUACUGAAAUGCUCUCUAAUCUCAGUCCAAAAAUGAGUGCGAAUAAAUCAUUAUUAUUAUGUAAUAUGGCCUUUUCUCUUAACUUUUUACCUUUUUUGGUGGGAGAGAGAUUUAAGUUUCAGGAGCUUUACAUGUUUACAUUCUUUGCCCAUAAAUUUUCUCUUUACUCCAGUUUGGUGUUUCCUGGGUUCUGUCGCCUUAAAUCACAGAAAAGAAUAACCUCCAUGGCACUCAUUUCUAGAUACCUUUUGGAAAAAAUAUUUUUAACCUGUCCAGGAAUUGUAGCCCAGAUGAUUAUUGACAUAAUGGAGGUUAUGCAAAGCAUCAGAUUGACAACACGCUAUAAAGUGUUUAACCACCUUUAGACCAGCUUUCCUACCACCAAUGGACUAGUGCCAUGAUUCUCCUAUCCCUGGAGAGCCUAAACAUCUAAUUGAUGAGAUGCUGUAAAGAGUGUGAUCAGAUUCAGACCUUCUUUCCUCAGUAACUAUGGACUAGUGCCACGAUUCUCACAUUCCUAGAGAGCAUAAAUAUCCAAUUGAGAUUCUGCUGUAGAUUAAUCUGGAUCUCACCAGAUCUUGUCAAAACCUCAACUAUUCCAUUUGCCAUCAUCAAAGAAGUAUGCAUCAUUCUAUUGGACCACCAACUCAGGUUUUCUGGGGAAACUGUAAAUCAUAGGAUCUAUUUGUUAUUUUAUCCUCUCAAGGGAGUAGUCUGGCCUUUUGGCCUAUAAGGAUAGUUUAGCCUUUUACCCAAGGGGAGUAUAGUUGUAAUCACUCGAUUUCAUAACUAUAAACUUUGCGAGGGGUUGCACAGAUAUGAAAAAGUCUGAUACAGCAACCUUCAUUUUUCCUAUCCUCUUGUUUCUUUAGGAAGAGUUUGAUCCUGUUUUGGCUAUAGAAAUAUUAAAGAUAGAGUAGGGAAGACGAAUAUAAAAUUGGAAAAUAAUCUAAAAUUUCAUUCUUUUGGUUCCUCUUAUUCUCUUCUGAACAUUCUGGAUUUUUAAUCUUCAACAACUUCAAUUUUAGGUAGGCCAGCACUGGAACUAAUUUUACACAGAACAUUUCUCAUAACUAUCGGCCAAAAUGUAAGACCUAUUUAGUCUUGUCUUAAGGUGAGACAGGCCGUGGAAGGGUUGCCAACCAGUGAGGUCUCAUGGAAAACAACAUGUUGGCAGCCCAAAUGAACCCAAACAUAGUGCAUCCUCUUUUUCUUCUCCUUUGGUACCUGAACUUACAGGAAAGUAUGACAGAGGUAGCUCAUUUAGAAAGCUUUCAUCAUUCAGAGGAAUAUAAUGGAUGGAGUAUUAAAAAGGGAAUAGGGAAGCAGGAGCUUUUGUGUUAAUUACCUUCCUCAUGUGUGCCUCCAUUGCAGCAGGAAUGGGGUCUCCCAGUUUAUUUUGUGGUUGCCGAACUCCACACCUGAUGCUGUAAUAAGAUGGAGGAGGAUCUGUGAUAAUGAUUGCUAAAAAAAAAGGAAGUGGAGGGAGAUAGUUCAUUUCAGGCCAAACUACAAGUAUGGUGGUGACAAAACUAGGUGCGAUGGCAGGGGUAAUACCCUAGAGGAGAGAAUUUUUGAGGUGUGCCCUCACUCCUGUCAAUGAAGUGGUAAAUGUGAAGAUGAAUAUGUCCCCAUUUUUGCCAUGCGUCUGGAGGCUUUUUUCUCUUUUUAAAAUCACCUCGCUACCUGUAAGUGAGAAAUAAAAGAAGUGACUUUUUGGGAGCCCACAAUUUCCCAACUGAGCUGACACUCAGAACCCUAUUCAUGCACAAUCCUUAUUCCUUUCAAAGCGGGAAAGACGAUCAAAGACUAGUGUGUUAGUGAGUCAUUUAGAAUAGAGGCCUAUUGGACCCAUAUUUUGAUGUCUUAACCCUAGAUAUAAUUGGUGAGCUAGAGGGCUACGAAUUUAACCAAUUUUACACUUGUAAUUUGACAUAAUAUGAAAGCCUUUGGUUUCUCAAGAUGUUCCCCUUGCCACCACCGCCUCUGCCCUCAAGCCUCUCCAUCUGUGCGGGUGAGAAAGAUAGGGCUGUAAUUCGCCCACACGUAGCUCUAUUGCUAUGACCUUCGCUGCUACUCCUUUGUCCACUACUGGCAAUUCUGUCUUAUUGUUUUUCUCAUAAUCUUCUGUCCCUCUCUCUCUCUCUCUCUCUCUCCUUGCCCCUGUCUAGUCUCUCUCAUGUUGUGAGAAGCUGACUGUCUAUUCAUUCUUCUAAAGCUUUCAUCCAUUACUCUGGCUUCAAGUCUGGCCUAUGCUUCUUUGGCUUAAGCCUUUGUAUUUCCUUCUCUGGUUUCAUAGUCAGCAUAAUAUUUGCAAUGUCUGCGAUGCUGGUGUCUGCUAAUUUAGCUUCUAUGUAGGCCUCUACUACUUUGGCUUUGCCUCCUUGUCUCUUACUCUACUUUGAAGCUGACAAAUAGUACUUUACUUUUACUUUAACUCCCUCUGCAUCUGGACUUUCAUCAAUAUCCAACUCUUAUAAAAGCUCUCAAGGUAAUAAAUUUAUAAGGCAUAAACAUUUUACUAUAUAGAGUGAUUCAAACAAUCAGUUAAGCUUUAAAAUAAUAUGGUCCACUUUUUAACCAAAGAUUGCUUCUGGAAUUUUAUUAUAGGCAUCAUUCACAUGCAAUGAAUUGAGAUUAUUCUUUAUUAAAAAUAUAUAAUUAGUACUUAUUGUAGUAGUCAUCAUGGAAUAUCCAUAUUUUAUCAACAGGCCUAUAAUACCUCUUAAUGGAUUAUUAAAUAAAGGUUUUAAUGAACUUGAUUAAAAAAAUUCUUACAACGAUCUCAACAUUUUAAAUCAAUUAUUUACCCCAUGUAAAUGACUUAUAAUUUUUUUCCAUUCGCAUUAGACCUUGUGACUGCUGAGUAUAGUUAAUCCUCGUUUUUAAUCUUUUCCUUGUUAUUUCCUCAGUGAACAUUUCAAAUUUACUACUUAUUUAAGAGCUUUAAUUACCCUUGUAGGAUGGGACUUGAAAAUUGCUCGAAUGCGUCGGAUGGAGUUAGGAUUGUACUAUCUGAGAUUUGAUGAAAUAGAACGGUGAGGCUUUAUUAUUUUCUUUUUCUUUUGUUUAGCUAAGUGCAAGCUGAGAUAUUAUAAUGAUGUAAAAGGGUCCAUUGUAUCAAAUCCUUUACCAGGCAGAAAAAGAUUGCACACAAUGGUUAUGAAGAUUAUGGAAUAAUACAUUAUUCUAACUUACCUCGGAUAAUUACUGAGUCAACUAUGCCAGGCUUCUUGGAUUCUUGGAGGAAUCGCUUAUUCAACAUCCCAGCUCCUGUGUGGUCAAUGGCUUUUUGGUUUUAUAAGAGGGAAAUCUUUAGUAACACUGGAUAUUAAAAUAGUCAAUAUAAACAGGAUGCCUUCUUGGAUGUUGACCUGUGAGACAGAUCAGGCUAUUUGUUAAAUAAUCAAGAAAUAGAACAUUGAGGGAUUUCUACUCUAAUAAUCGUUUCAUUUAGAACCCGAGAAUCAUAAAGUCUACCGUAUUUAUAUUUAUGUAUGGUAGUGUAUACUUCAGAAUUCAAUUUUACGAAACUUUUUUCCCAGACUUUGAGCCUCUUAGCAUUAUGUUCCCAUAUUUUCCCUAAGAAUAUUGAUAAAAUUCAAUGAUUUUUUAUAACGUUAGCCAAAACUUUGUUCUAUCCGCUUCUUGGAUUAGUUAUUUUCAUCAAAUUCUAUAGAUUGAUACCUGAUGCAAAUUUCUAGUACGCGAAAGCCCAGAAGAAAUUUGACAUGUUUUUCUCUGCAAACUGGAAUAUUGUGAAAACUUCUGUAAUGAGAAACACACGUGGAUUGCUGAUCCACCAUUUCCAUUGUUUCUGUAUAACUGAUAUCUGAUUGGAUGAUAAGUGAUUCUUAUAGUUUUAUGGAUUUUUCUGCCUUGUAUUCUUGGCUGUUUUUUUUGCAUUAAUUGAUUUUAUUUGUCGAAAACUAUACAAUGAUGCAAACCCUAGGAGGAUAUACAAUGGAAAAAAAUCCCUGAAUAUUAUUCCUAUCAUAGAUUACUGCUGGUUACACACAAGUACAAAGGUCACGAAAUAAGGAAACCAUCUAACAAAAUAGGAACGUGACAUAAUAGGAAACUAAUCAACUAAGAGCUGAACUCCUAAAUAUACAUUGGAGGGGGAAAGUAAGGGAAGUUAUUUUGGGGUGAAAAAACCAUUGCUGGGAGUUUCAUAAACACAGUUUCAAGCACUGUGAUCCUACUAUUAUUUAAACGUUAUGGAUUUGGGUUGCCUUAUGACCAGAAUUCUAAAAUCACGUGAUUUACUUGGGAUUGGACUAUUUUUAUUAGGAUUUCUCGUUUUUUAUCCAUGUUUGUAAUCUAAUUGGCUGAGGAAUUAGCUCUUACUAGUCAUUUUUUUUCUGGUUUAAAUUAAUCAAAACAAGGUUUCAAUUCUAACAUAUUAGCUUUAUCAGCCUGAUCCUAUCUUAUUUGACCUGAUUUUAAUAGUCCUGAGAAACAAAUUUUGAAUCCAAAGCUGUCUCAGUCAGUUCUGUUUGCCUGGGAGUAAACUUGACAGCUUCAAUUGUGGUUCUUUGUCGUCAUGAUGUUCAUGGUAUUCUCGUGUACUCCUUACUUGAAGAAUGCACUACUGUUUAGGCUUCUUUGCGAUGGAAGUUUAACAUUGAAGAUUAUCUAACUUGAGUUUUCGAGUAUGUGCUAAUAGUGAAGAAUCACAUCCAUUCUCAUGGUAUUUCUCCCUGUGGAAAAUUUUGUUUCGUAGGGUAGUUGCCAAUUCAUUGACAUUUAAAGUGAAAUGAUAGACAUAAUGAUUUAUAAUCAUCAAACAGUGGUUACUUGAGUAUGGAUACUCUUAUGGACCUUAUCAUAAGGAGUUGUCUUCUCGCAGUCUCCUAAGGAUUUAGCACAUCUGUUAUAAGACUAAGUAUUUAUAUUAAUCUUCUUUUAUGCCUUUCUUUCCAUAUAGGACUGCAACGUUACAGGAAGAAUUAGAGGUAGAGAUUGCUACUGUCCUUGCCUUACUGAUUUAUUUAUUUUCGUGUAUAUUUUCUUCCCAGACGUUUAGUUUAAGGUUUGCUACUCUGAUCAGGAGGCAACAACUUGAAAAAUGAAUUUAGUCAAGUGGGACUGAGAAGUAUGAGAUUUUUUCUUCUUUUUAACACGCUCAACAAGAUCUUCAUGGGAGUUGGAAGAUCCUGGAGACUAAACUUACCUGGACAUAACCCAAAGUUCGAUGUAAAAAGGAGUUGGAGAGGGAUACAUUGCUCUUUAUUGCUAGGAAAAGGUUUCUGUCGAGCCGAACGAAAAUGAAAAUGAAUGUAAAAGAUUGUUGAUUUUGCCCUGUUUGUUUAGUACAUCAUAUUAUUCUAAGGCAUGAGAAGGAAUUACAAAAUAAGGUGCUUGUGGGAUGAACUUCAUUUACCAUUGAGGUGCUUGUGGGAUGAACUUCACUAUAUUAUAAACAUUGCCUCCCUAAAGAUGAAGUUUGAGUCUUUUUCGAGUUAAAUUUUGUUUCCUUUUAGUUUCAUUAAUUGACUGUUAUGUUUCUUUUUCUAUAGUUUAUAGGCCCCUGCCUAUUAUAAACCGGAAUGCAUCCUCUUAGGAUUCUGUCCUUUAAAAUAUAUAGCUCCUCUCAGUUGUAUUUGCGAAGAAAAUUAUAGUGGCUUCAGCAUCGAAUUUUUUCUGAUAAAAGUAGCUCAUCCUGCAGGAUCAACUCCACAUGUUGAUAUGCGGAAAAAGGGUAGUGUUUGUGUUUUGGUGUGUGACCAAAUAAAUUUCUUGUUCAUAUAUUACACAGAGAGCCUUGUGUCCCUUAUCCGCCUAGUAUGUGAUCUUGGAACUACAUUGUGCAUUCAAUAAUAUUUGUUUUCAGAUCUUGGAACCCAUUUUUUCCCUUUUUUAUUUAUAGUUAUAAUGUUAUUAUACAUAUAACAGCUUAGUAUCAUAUGUAUUAUUCUUGGUAAUGCAUUCUGUCUGAUGUCUGAGACAGAUCUUUGGAGAAGCUAGCAGAUGUAAUUUUGGCAGAAGAGGGCAUGCUGAGAUUACUCUUGACUUCUGCCUAUAAGAUCUUCUCUAAAGUUGGCAGUGAGAGUGAGGUAGCCAUAGCGUCAAGGUAUGUUCUUUGCUUAGCUCUUCUUUCCUCUGAAAAUUUCUUAUUUUCAUGUAAGAGAUUAAAGUUUUCAAAUAAAAAAAAACAAUUUUAAGCAUUAGGCUGUCAACAUUUUAUUUUAAAUACGACAUAACUACACUAGUGUACUGGUUAGCAAUAAAGCAGAUGCUCCUUCUCUGUUGAAGUUGCUCUUUGUUCAAGUUUUAGUAAUUUCUAUGAUUUUUUUUGGUUACCGUCUUGUCUUCUUUCAUGUCAAUAUCUCAUAACUGCAUACUAAGAAUGGUAUCCAUUUUUGGCAAUCUCUAGGUCAUGACCAAAUAGUGUUGCACCCUCACUAUUUGGAGCUUAAAAUGCAAGACAAACAACCUCAUAGUAAGAACUGUUAUUUGAGAAGGGAUGGAUCAUUUAUCAUUUUGUGUUCAAGGAAAGGGCGAAAUAUAUGGUUUUAGAAGGUAAAAACUGCAAUUGUUGGUAAUUUUGAGGAUGUCCAACGCAAUAAAAACAUUUUCCAAUGCAUUGAGAAUGCUUGUGGGUACAAAUAAAUGUUAUGUUGAUGGAUUUAAGAAUUUGAUUGUUGAAGAUGCGAAUGGGCUUAUGCCAUUUAAGUACUGGACAAGUAGGGCUUGGUAAUAAAUUUCACCGGCUUGGACAAGAACCACAGAACAGGUGUAAACCAUGUUACAUAGAAGUCUAAUGGAGAUUACCCUAAUUUGGAAAUAUCUGUUCAAAGUUUGUUGUGCAUGUGUCUUAGGUCUCAUUUUGAAGUGUGUAUCCCAGAAGGAUUCGAAAUAUUCAAAUAUUUUUUCCUGGGGUUAACCAUUUCCAAAUGAGGGUGCCUCAACUGCUCUGAAUAAUUGCUUCAUCCCUUUAGCUAAAAGGCUGAAAUAUUUAUAACUAAAGCAUCACAGAUCUCCAAAAGUAACCAUCUCAAUUUCCUGAAGACAGGAUAUCAACCCUCUUUUCCAAAACACAUGGUAACGAAAUUGUGUUCACAUAAAGAGAAAUGGGCUUUUCACUGCAACAAAAGUGUAACAACAUUGUUCAUGUCAUGGGGAUGUUAAAGUUGUUGGCCCUAUGAUGCUGGGAACUGAUCCUUCCAUUUUCUUCAAGGCUUGGGCCCAGAUAAAAAGUUAGCCUUGCAUGGGACAUGAACAGGAAAUUUCCUGAUAUACAUGAUCCAGCAUGUCUCCCAAGACAUCUACAUAGUCAAAAAUGGUAAAAAGCAGAAAGGAUUUGCUGUCAUCAACCCCACCCAUUAGCUGCAUCAGGCAUGCCAUGCUUAGCUGUUCGAAGAUUGUGAGAUAAUUUGCUUUCUGAAUGGAGUACCAUUGUCUACUAGCCUGUGUUUCUCUGUUGAAUAGUGUUAGUUUUAAGUAUGCCUUCGGCAAUGACUAUAGUGUCACUGGCUUCUUGUUAUUUCUGUUUUAUCGAAUUGUUGUGGAAUUAUUUUUCAUGGUGCUAUGUAUUAUUUUUUAUAGCACUGCAUAUUCAAUAAAUAUAAAGAAACAACGAGAUUUAGAAGUAAUAGGUAACACCAAGAUUUUCGGACUAUGGUAGCUACGGCUUCAAAAUGGUAGAACAAAAACCUGCCUCACUACACACUGUUGUUGACACUUCUUUUGCUCCUAUUACAAAGAAUAUAAAACGUUGGGAACCAGAGCUAAAUAGACUAGAUCCUUCCAUGAAAUAGAGUAGUUUUUGCUAAAGAACUAUUCCAUUGUUAAUUUAUGUAUUUUCUUCCAUUGGUCUAGAAGAUCAGGCUCCCAUUUCUUGGUCAAACAACCUUGUUAAGUUCUUUCCUCAGCGGUCGAUGACAACUGGUGACCAGAAAACUUUGAUUUGGGAUAUGGUCGUCCACUGAUUGAUAGGAUCUGGUGUCAUGACAAGUAUGCUUUCAGCAUGCCACAUUUCCAAUUUCAUUUGAUUUGUAUUCAUGCAUUGUAGGCUGUUGACUCUUGCUGCCAGCUUUGCUACCAAGAUGAUUCAGAGAUAUGGUUUAAUAGAAUUUGAGGAGGAUUACUCUACAUCUGGCUAUGAUAAUGGGCCGAACACUUUUAAUAUGCAGCAGAUUCCAAUUGAAACAAAUAUUUCAAGAAGGCUUGAAGAAAUGUCACACUAUCUGGAAGUCAUCAGAAAUCUCCAGCAAAGAUUAAGCCUGAAAUCCAGAAAAUCAAUGGUAUGAAUAGUUGCUAAUGUGUUUCGAUAGAACAACAACCUUUGUGAACUGACAGCAUCUUUCUUAUUUCAUUAGGUAGAUGGUGGAGAUGGAUUAAAUCUUGUGGAGAUGAGUAUAUGUAACGAUGGAACUUUUGUUCCAGAUACUGUUUCAUUGGUUGUUGUAGGCCCAUCUGAGGCUGAAAAUCAGGAAGAGAAGACUAUUUCUUCAUGGGACAGCACCACUGGUGGCAUUAACCAACUUUCUUUAUCAAUAAUCGAAAAAUCAGUUGAUGGGGGAAUUGGUGAGUUUGAUUUACCAAUCGCCAAAAACGCAGUUCAGGGAAGGAGAUUAAUUCCUUGGGAAAAUUCCAGGGAUAUGAUCACACGUUGGGAACUAGGUAAUCUUGACUUAAAAACUGUUGUGGAAGAUGCUUUAAACUCUGGUCGCAUUCCUCUAGCAGUUCUGCAGUUGCACCUUCAGCAUCAGAGAGAAAUGGUCACUGAAGAGAAGCCUCGUGAUUCUUUUAGUGAAGUAUGUGAUAUUGGCAGGGCCAUAGUUUACGACCUUUUUCUGAAGGUAGGUCAUAUUGCCUUCUAUAUUUGAAUAUUGACUUCAAUUACCCCAUACUUAGAAUGUAUAUUUGACAGGGAGAAAGUGGGUUAGCUAUAGCAACAUUACAAAAACUUGGAGAGGAGAUUGAAACCAGUCUCCGUCAAUUAUUGUUUGGUGCACUAAGGAGAUCCAUUCGAACACAAGUUAUGGAGGAGAUGAAAAGAUGUGGAUAUCUGAAACCGCAUGAAUUGAAGAAAUUGGAGGGAUUAUCCCUUAUCGAGGUUUUCUUAUUCAUGUGUAUUUAUUAUUUGCCUUUGUCAUAUGUUUUAAGUCUCUAACAUUUCUCUUUCAUUUGCUUGUCUUUUUAUUUUAAUUCUUGUGGAAAAGAGACAUUACCCAAGUAGCAGCUUCUGGGGAACGUACUUUGAGAGACAGAGGCAAUCAUUGGAAGUUCCUCUCACCUCUUCCUCAUCAGAAGAACAGCAAUUACUAAUGCGUUUAGAUAUGUGGAUUGAUUGUUCCAUUAAAUGUGAUGAGAUUGAUGGUGUUGUGAUUGGCUCCUGGAGAAAUAUUUCGAAGGGACCUGACUUUCGAAUGACUGGUGAAGAUAUUGCUAGGGCUGGGUACUGGGUUUGUGCUGCCAUUUGGUCUGAUUCAUGGGAUCAAACUACCAUUGAUCGUGUAAGAUUCAUUUUUUCAUUUGGUUGUUUAAAUAUUGGACACGUAAUGUAAUUCUGAAAUGAUAGUGUUGAAGAAUGCCAUGGAGCCUCAAGUUAAAUUCUAUAUUAUGACUUGCAAUGCCAUGGUCUCUGGUUUACCUACCACAGAGUGGAACUAAUUUCUUUCUUGACCACAUUUGCAAUCAGGGAUCCUAUUCUACAUUGUGUCCUUGACAUGAAUCUUAUGUUCUGCAUUCUACCAUUAUAUUGUGAGUUUCGUGUUAUGUGGGAAAAGAUGUAUAAUUGUAGGGCUUAGGAGUCCGGUUCCUAACUGGUUGGGGCAGGUUAAUUGUUGGACCGGUUCCUAAUUGUCUCCUGGGCCUGGUACUUGUAUAUAACCAGGCCCGAGCCAGACUUGAAAAAGCACAAGAAUUCAUUUUCUUCCACCGCAUAUUUGCCUAGGGUUUUUUGUUUGUGGCAUGUUGGUUCUAGUUAUUAAUGUUUAUUUUUUCUUGAUACCUUAUCACAUGCCGAUUUUAAAUGUUUAACAUUGUUGCUUUUGGUCAGUAAAGUUAAGGCUUUCGCUUUCACCUUCAAUGUGGUGUUUUCUGUUAUAAGAGUGAUACCAUAUGGCUAGUUUAUAAAUUUAGCUCACCUGGAGGAUGGCUUAAUGCCACAGUGGAUGCUGAGUUGGCCUAUUCUUGCUCCAUUGGUUCAAAACUUGAGUCCUCCCUUGGAUGGCAUUUUGUAAUUAUUGCAGUGAAAUCAUAAAAUUUGGCUAUUUCAUAAUAGCAAUGAUUUCUGCUACUUCAAUUCAACAUCUCCUUUGAAAAAUGGUUGCAUUUAUAGUGCAACUCUUCUAAUGUGUGACUGCGCUGUUUUAUUCUCUCUAAAAGCUUUGAUAUGUUUGUUGUUGCAUACGCAAGUACCCAUAUUUUAGGAAUGUUCUCUGCUUACUAUAAAAUAAAAUAUUUCUUUUGCUGAUUUGUUAUUGUGAUGUUUGUAAAAUUGUGUUUGUUGGUGCUCUGUUUAUUUUUCUGUUCCCAUCCUUGCAAGAUUACUUUUCGGUUUUUGUCUCAUAGCACUAUAUAUCAUUUCCGGGCAUUAUAGCGUUUUGAUUAGUCUAUACUAUUGGAGAUAAAUAACAGAAUGCAGAUGUAGAAGAGCACACGUUUCAAUUUAGCUGUGCUAAAAUAAUGUCAGUUGGUGCACGGAUUUUGGAAUUGCCUGACUUCUCGUAGUUGUAUGCUUGUUUCUGUUUGAUCUUGAUAUGUGUGCUUUAUUUUGAAUUAUAUGAAUUUCUGUUGAACGACUAUCAAUCCCAAUGCCCAAGGAUUUUCAUCAAUCUUAUUUUUUGUGCAGAUAGUGCUGGAUCAACCCCUUACUCUAGGAGUUCAUAUACCUUGGGAAUCCCAGUUUGAGUAUCAUGUUGCACAUAAUAACUGGGAUGAGAUUGAAAAGCUCUUAGACAUUAUUCCCUCAGAAAUAUUGGUGGAUGGAAUUCUGAGAAUCGAUUUGGAUUGCAUAUAUCCUGAUUCAUAUUCUAAUGGGGAAAAAAACACUUGUUUCCCAACAUAUGCUCAUUCUUCUCCUAAUUUGGAGCCUGACUUCGUGAAUAUACCUGAUGUUAAAAUCCUCAAGUUAUCAGGAGCCAGCAUAUGUUCAUCCUGGGUAAAGAUUCUUUUGGAGCAGGAACUUGCCAAGAGGUUUAUUUUCUUGAAAGAAUACUGGGAAAGUACCGCAGAAAUUAUGCCUCUUCUUGCUCAAGCGGGUUUGAUAUAUGACAAUUCUACUCAAGGCGCCAUCGAUAAGCUGGAAAAAAAAUCGUCAGAUUCGCAAGUAUUAGAGACAGAUAUACAUUCUCACAGAGAUACUUCAGAAGCUUUGCAUAGACUUGUAAUCCACUAUUGUGUACAAUACGCUUUGCCACAUCUCUUGGACUUGUAUCUGGACCACCACAAAUUGGUUUGCGAUAAUGAUUCUCUUAGUUCACUGGAAGAAUCUGCUGUAAGUUGCCCAUAGCUUAAUUUGUUCUUUCCUUCAAAUGAGGAUGGUUUGGGAUAAUGUGUGCAGUUUCAAUGUUUCUAUCUUGAUUUUUUCAUUCGCUAUUAUGUUCAACACCAUCUUAUAGUUGUAUUAUAAUGAUAUAUUUUUCUCCAUCUCAUAAACUUUCUAGAGCUUGACGUUCUCUAAAACAUCCUGUGGUAAUCUGUUUUUGGUUUUAAAGCCUCCAAAAGCACCCUACAUUGGAGAGUACCCUUUUCUUUGUCGAAUUUAGGAGUAAACACCUAGAAGCCUUGGAUUGUUAGAAAUAAUUCCCUUUUUCUGCUACAAUCACCUCGUUCAUCACUAACUAUGAUUUAAUUCUGGUUAAAAUGUUUGCAGAUUGGGUUUACCAUUGAUAAAAGAUAGAAAUCCUAACAUUCCUCCUCUCUCUCUCUAUCUGUCUUAAGGGAGGAGGCCAUUGCUGGGCAGGUCUGGUUGGAGGACGACCUCCUCCUCUGGGUUGGUGUGGUGGGGGGCUUUCUCUUAGCUGGGGUCCAUUAGGGAGUAUUUCCCCCUUCUCCGUCCUUAAUGGGGGGGAGGGAGUUGUCACUUGGCUGGGCUCUCAGUUGAAGGUUUGGCGCCGUUGAAAAGGUGGCAAUCGCCAACAUGGGCCUAAGUGGGAGAAUGAGCCCCUUGUCUGUUUGAGGGGGUGGAGGUGACUCGAAGUUAGGCCAGGGCCUGGUGAACAGGCCAUAUCCAGGUGCUCAGGAUAUUGCCCAAACCAUGGUGACACGAUGGGCCCUUUCAUUGGCUCUUUGGUGGCUUGUUUGACCUUGUCCUAGUCUGCAUCCUCGGUGGCAAGAUGGGUCUACGCCUCAUCCCUCUUAACACCUUUGAGGGAAUGGUUGGAGCACCUUGGGCUUUUAGUUAGGCUUGCGACAAGGUUACAGGAAUUUAUAGGACUAGAAAGGUUAUUAUGGUCUUUAAAAGGGUAAUUUGAUAUUUAUGAAAAAUUUCAUGACACAGGUGUUAAGAGGGUAUUCACUGCAUUUCCAAUUUUAAAUCAGCAGCUUGAGCCCCGGGGCUUAAUUUAUGAUAGUUAUGAGGACUUAUUACCGAAUAAAGUUAAUUAAUUUUCUUAGAUUUGGGGUUGGUUUGACACUGGACACUGAAACAUUUAGUGAGUUGUUAAUCCUUAAUCUUCACGGAAUCUUUUUUUCUCAGUAUUUAUUUGCAAACUGAAAGUGAAAAUAGAAAGUCAUAGAUGCUGCAUCUGGUGUUUACAAGCCACACUCUCUCAAAAUGGCAUGUUGAUAUUGCAAUGGAUGCUUGUGCAUUUCCUUAUCAGUGUAAAGGCUUGUAACUACCAUGCAGUUUAACUGAAAAUUUUAAAUAGGAAGCUUGUUUAAAGUUUUUGAAUUUAGUUUAAACAGGAAGCUUCCUCGUUGUAAUAAGCUGAAUGUUUAUUUGCCCUAGGUAAUGUGACAAAGUUGGUUUUAUCAGUCAUAAGUUGGUUCUUUGAAAAGUGAUAUAGAUUAGCUUAUAUUCUUACUAAUAUGAGUGCCUGUUUAUAUCCUUAGUCAUAAGUUGCUUAUAUUCUUACUUCAAGUAUAUUUUUGGACUUUCAACCUUCAUCAGCGAAAAUCUAUCUCAUCAUGGAAGUUCUUGACGAACAAACCAUUUCUUGAUCCAGACUCUUAAAAUGAUGCCUCUAGAUUCUCAUUCAUUUUUCCCUCAUGUCUUUAUCGCGUUUUUCUCCCAAAUAGAUUUCAUGAGUACAAGGAAAUGGCAUUCAAGGACUACCUCUCAUCCCUAAUAUCAUCGCCAUGUCAUGAUCAUUAUAAUCCCUGGCCCUUAUCUUCUGAUCACCUUUUCAUCUAACUUCUGGUGUAUUAUUUCCCUUUGUGGGAAGCAGGAGAGCCAUGCAUUGAUAGUAGUGAUAAACUUUGGUACCUUGCUCCCGUGAAAAUUAUUGCAAACUAGGAAAUUGCUCAUUAUCCACACUAUUUGAUAUGGGCAUAGCGUUGUUCCUCUUCCUAAGGCUUAUUAGAUACUCUGUUUUCUAUGCCUGCCCUUUACAUAUCUCUGGUCUGUUUUUCCAUUAGCAAAAGCAUAAGCCUAUCAGCCAAAGCUAGAUUCGAAGCCAAUUAUUUUCAUUAACAGUGCACAUGAGGGGCGUGAGCUGUCAAAGGCAUAUCCUCCUACAGAAAUAUUUUAUGCGUUGAGGAUUAACUUCAUCUUUGUUGAGGAUUAAUGAUCCACAUGAGUUAAUUUGCGUCUACCACUCCCUUAGGGCUAAAUAUUUACUGUUUUCUGCUUACUAAAAAAUUUCACUGCCUUCUUUUUUUUUCUCUUAACACUAGUUUGAGGUUCCCUUGCUGAAAAAAGUCACAGAACGUUUUCAAUGCUCAAGUCUUUCCUCAGGGCAGUCAUCUAACUACCGAGUUUAUAGCCCAAUGGAUUAUUAGGCAUCUAAAACAUUGGUCUCAUUGAAGAAGGCUCAGUUAUGCUGUGUAUUGAAUGUCACACAGCCUGAACUUCUUAGAUUGAGUAAUCGCCUUCCUUUCUUCUAUGUAGAAAUGUCUUCUACCGGACAUUUAAAGAAGCAACAAUUGAAAUAUCUUGACACGCCCUGUCUUGAUAGUGUUUGGUUCAGUCUGACGGAAAUGUAGAUGUAGCAAAGAGUUACACUAAAUGUCACAAGGGAGUGUCUCUUUUGUUCCCUUUGUCCUUUCAUUAGACUAUUUUCGUGAUUAAGGGUUUUGAACAGAGGUCAUUUAUCAGGUUUUUGAAGUUUUUAUGCGGCAAGAAAAAGUUAAUGAACUUUAAAGUUUCUUGGAAAAGUAAAAAUGCUAGAUAGCUAUAAUUGAAUGCCGUCAAAUAAUCCUAGAUGAUGCAUAGUCUGUCAUCCUUUUGAUUCUCUUAAAUUUUUCAAAAUCAAUGACGGCUGUGUUGAUUUAUUUUAUCUUUUUUUUAUCAUCCUUCAAUAUUUAUUUAUCGACCAAUGCUUAUGACUAAGGAUUUUGAAUGCAUGAGGUGGUUAUGUAGGUUUUAAAAGUUCCAUGUGACGAGAAAAAGCCAUGAAGCUUCUUCAAGUUAUGUAAAAAUCUCGAGGGGGAAGACAGCUGUAAUGGCAUAGAGACAAAUAAUCCUAGAUAGAGCUUGCUCUUUUGAUUCCUUCGUUUUAUUUUUUCUAAAUCAAUGAAUUGUGAUUGUUCUGUUUUCCAUGAACUUGCUUUUCUCUUACCAUCCUUCUUCAUUGUUCUUCCCAGUUAAAUAGAAGGAAAUAUGGCAAGUGCCUCUGCCACCCAUAGUUCUGAUUUGAGAAAAUCCAAAUUCUAAAUAUUAAUCUCUUCCAUUCAUCUUAAGGCCUUUCAACAUAUCAGAAACACUAGCAAAAAAGUAGACUGAAUAUACAGUCAGCACCGUUGAAUUCAUCCUCAUCCUUUGUACAUUGGGCGAAUCUGGUUAAUAAUAUUCACUAUAGUAAUAGAUUUAGAGCCCCUAUGCUAGUAUUUGCUUUAAAGAGUCGCUAACAUUGAUUAGGGUUGGAAUUAAAUGUCAAUUACUGUCUACUGUAAGGUAUGAGGUCAUAACUUGAAGUCCUCCGUAUUCGCUUUAUUCGUUGUUACUUUAACUGAGAGAAUCUUCCCAGAUAUUGUCAAUUGACUUGUGCAAUGUGUUCUCAUAUACUUCAUUUUUUCAGUAAUUUAUUCGUUUCUGACGUUUUGCUUCAGUGUCUCAUCUGAGCGAGCUUUUUUCAGUGAUCUACUGUCUACUGCUGCAUUUCAUAAUGUCAUCUGCGUUUUCAUGUGCUCAUGCGUUUCAGCUUGAUAUGUGUUAUUGAUCCAGUGAUACUAUUGGAAUAACUGAUAUAGAUCUAAUGGCUUUCAGGGGAGAUGCCAAUGGGCAAAAUGGUUGCUAUUUUCAAAGGUCAUAGGUCGUGAGUAUGAUGCAUCAUUUGCCAAUGCUCGGUCAAUUUUACCUAAUCAUGCCAUUCAGCAUGAUAGCCUUACUCUUUUAGAUGUUGAUGAAAGAAUCUGCACGGUUGAUGAUAUGGCUAAAGGAGGAGGAGAAAAAAUGGCUUUAGCUACUCUAAUGUAUGCACCUGUUCCCAUCCAGAAGUGCUUGUUUUGGGGCAGUGUCAACAGGAACUCUAGGUCUUCGUUCCAGUGCACAUUGGAGAAUCUACAAACUGGUCUCCAGAAAUUCCCCACACUUUGGUCCACUCUUGUUUCAGCUUGCACUGGACAUGAUUCAGAUGCCAAUCCUACGAGCAUGAAUAACCAAAGCGGUUGGCUUCUUGCUGUACUGAAUUUCUUUUGUCUUGCUUGCAUGGUCUUCUACACUUUUGUGGUUGUCAGACUUUUACUCAGGUUUUCUUUGCAGUGCUGAGCCGGUCCCUUUCACCAGACUACUUGAAAUGGCGUGAUAAUGUUUUUUCCUCCGCUGGAGGUGAUACUUCUUUGGUACAAAUGCUUCCAUUCUGGCUCCCUAAACCUAUCAGGAGAUUGGUCAAGCUCUUUGUCCAGGUUUCUUUUUGCACUGAUUCUCUGUUGUCAAAUGAAUACUACUUGUCAGCAUUUCAAUGAUUUACCUUUUGGUUGCGAAUAUUAAUUGAUAAGUUGCCUGAGGUGAACACUGUCACUUUCUGAGUGGGAAUAAGUUUGAAUGGGUGCUUAACUAGAAGAUUCCUUGAAUUCAAGAGAGUGUUCUUUAACUUUUUGUCCUUAUUAAACAACAUUUUCGUAUUUAGUUCUCUAGAAACUUUAUUUAUUUUCAAAAAUUUAAACUAGCAUGCCUCAUAAUGACUUGGUGAUUUCACAUUUUAAGCCGGAUUGGAAACUGAAUUUGUUAAUGUUGGCAUUGGUUGAGCUAUCUGGUUUUGUUUGCACGUGAAGCCUUCAAGUAGGAUAACAUAUGUGAAUCCUGUAAAUGGAAGAGAUUUCAUUGAUGCGAGUUAAUGAUUGUUGAGAUGUGAAUGAAAAGUUUAGUUGAAGCCCAACAUAUUUAGUCAUAUGGGAGAUGCUGGCAUUGUACCUACAAAUCUUGGCCAAAUUAAGGGAAUGCCAUUUAAAAUGCAUUGGGCAGAGGCAGCGGUCCCUCAGGACAGGGCAAAGAACACGAAACGGAGUUCAUAAGAAUUGCCAAAAUGUAACUCUUGACAUCACAAUCCAUUAGAAUUUUCAAUGGGAUACAGUGUCGUCUUUGUCUAUUGAUAUCAAGUCUUAAGAGUAUUGAUUCUUCUUUUUUUUUUUUAAUAUUGGCAUUAUGGGCAUGUUUUCUACUUGUACACGGUUAUAAUUGUCAUCAAUAGGUUUCAGCCUAUAAAUUCAGCCCCUCUUUUGAGCUAUUUUUCGCACUUUCCAGGUUUCUUUAGACUUUUGUCAGCUGUCGUCUGUUUGGUUAUGUCAAAAGGCAAUGUAUGGUAAUGACGGUGAUCAAAAUCAUAAUUUUAAUUUGCUACCAUGGUUAUAUGUAGUCUUUAACGUUGUUUAUUUGUUUCCUUGACGUUUAUAGUUAUAUUCAAAGCUAAAGACGUCAGUCUGGUCCUAAGCUUUCCGAAUAAAAAUAUUCCUAGCUCUAUAUUUAUACACUCUUCGCCAUGUACUUCAUAAGGUUGAGUUCUUCAUACGUGUCUUUGCAGGGUCCUCUAGGAUGGCAUACAUCAGCAGAAGCAAAACCUGCUGGAGAAGCUCUGCCUUUGAGAGAGAGUGCUUACAUCAACACAAAGAAGAGUGCAUUGUUUAAUGGCGUAUCUUGUGAAGCUUCUAUAGACAAAAGUAUCAAGGAAGAGCUAUAUUCUUCUCUUGAGGUAGGUUUUCUUUUUUGUGAGAUUGUAGCUCAUCAGUGUUAUUACUCUCUUUAAAUUCAUUUUAUUUUUUAGUAGUUACUGUAAAAUUAUGGGAGACCUACAAACGAAGCGUUAAAUUGUUGCAUUAUCCAGAUGUAAUAUUUUUUCCUGUCAGCCAGUAUUGGAUUCUGUGUGUGAGAAGGGAAAUGCAUUGAUGCAGCUGGCAUCUUUGGUAUUGAAAUAUUUGGCUCUCCCAGUCAGUCGUCACAUUGUCCAUUUACUAAGAAAAAGGCCUGAAAUGCAUGAUCCUUUGUUUAAAAUCAUGACACACAUUCAUAUGUACUCCAAGACCUGACCUGCUAAAACCUAAUCUAAGAAUGCCUGAAGACUCUCCUCUCUCUUUGCAUGUUUACAUUGGACAUGCGAGGGAAGCAGUGACCUUUCUCCCAAAUGAUUCUUAAACGUAGUUAAAUGAAACUAUUCAUUGUUCCCUUCAUUGAGAUACUACAAUAUUUGGCAUCCUAAAUGGCAUAUAUUGUAUUUUUUCUAUUACAUAUAUUCAUUAAACUGGAUGCAGCAGGCGCCAGUAGUUCUCCCAUCCCCUCCCCUCCCACCGUCUCCUGUACUAGAUUUCUAUUUAGCACUUAAACAUCUUAGCUUUUGGUUUAUUUGUUCUGCAGACGGUUCUUUAAUGAUGUUUUUUUUCCCUCUUGUUUGCCUUCGUGAUUUUCUCAACGUGAUGUCUUACAUUGUUGGCCAUUGAAUUUGAUUUAAAAUAGUUUCAGGGUUGUGCCACCGUUAGAUAUUAGAGAUAUAUCUCUAUAUAUGGGAAGGAAAAUAUAUUGGGGUCGAUUAAGUGAAAAUCUCUGCAUAGUUUUUACAAAACUUAACAGAAAAUGCAUCAAAUGGGUGACUGAGCUACCCCGCCUUGGAGUUUCCAAACCCUGGAUUGGACUGUAAGUUCUUGUGUGGUGCCAUGUUCAUUGAGAAGCCCGAGUGGGCAAAAUCCUUCCAUAAACAUGAAUGAAAAAUAGAUAUUACAUAGCUGACUAAGUACAAUAGCUCUCAACCAUGGUCAGGACAAUUCUAUGGUGUAAUAUGGAGCGGAUCGUGUAAGGGUAGCCUGCCAAAAUGAUUGGCACAAUCCUAUAGUUCAUCGUAGUUUCUAAGUUAGAAAAUUUCAUAACUUCGGGUUAAAAAAACUUAUCUAUCUUGUUGCUAAAUUGGGCUGUGGUCCCACUCUUGUCCGUCCUUGGCGGCUUUCCAGGGAAUCCUACGAUGUCAUGGUCUCUUGGUCCGGGCAUAUUUCUUUUGGACAAUAUGGUUAUGUUUUCUUCAGUGUGCAUCACUUUCAUUGUUUGAAUAUUCAUACAUAUUCAUACUUGUCAACCUCUCACGUUAUAAAUAGAGAAAAACUCAACUUUUACCUAAUCAUUUUCUUUUGCACUUCCACCUCUAAAUUCUGGUUGAUUUUCUUCGUGUUAAUUACAUUUGUGUUGAUUUUCUAAUUUGAAAAUGGCCCAGGACAACACAUUUGCAAUUGAGCAUCAUUUGCAUCGCAGCCGUGCACUUGGAGUUUUCAGCCAUCUGCUUGGUUUACGAGCUCGGAAGUAUAAAUCAAUGCAUGGUCAUCAACAAGUUUCUGGAGGUUCUAUGCCUUUUCUAACCAACGUACAGGCUGAUGUUCAGGCACUUUUAGAGCCCCUGACUGAGGAUGAAGGACCGGUUAUCUCAUCUGUAUGUUUCGUUUUCUUCUUCAGUCUUCCAAUCUUUCAAUUUGAUGUCCAACCUUACUGGUACUGUAUGGAAUUCGGAUUGGUGAAGCCCAUGCACUGUGCUGUCACAUUUCAAGUCUCUAUCUUUAAAAUUAAACUGCAAGCAUAAAAUUAACAGAUGAUGCCUUGAGGUACUUGAAGGUUGUGUUUUCGAUAAUCCGAUUUUCUGUCGGUUGCAUAACUUCACUUUUUGGUGAUUAUGUUCUCUAUAUCUUCAUGGGACUGAUUUUUCUGCUAAUGAAAUUUUAGGUGAUGCCAUUGGCUAUCAUGAACUUCGAGAAUUCUGCCUUGGUUGCGACAUGUGCUUUCCUUUUGGAGUUGUUUGGUCUCUCUACUAGCAUGCUUCGUGUUGACAUUUCAGCUCUACAGCGUAUUUCUUCAUAUGAUAAGACUAUGAGGAACAGUGUACAUUUUAAUCACGUCAUAUCAACGGACACUGCCUUUCACUCAUUUUCUCAAGAAGGUGGUCAAACAGCUUCUCUUGCAAGAGCAUUAGCAGAUAAUUACCAGCGGCUUAUUGAUCUUGGUAUUCUUCAUCAUAAAGAUUCACCUGUUCCCAUUGAAUCCUGUAAGCAGCCACCCGGGACCCUUGUUACUGUUCUGCAGCAUUUGGAGAAAGCAAGUUUACCGUCAUUGGAUAAUGGCAAGACAUGUGGAUCUUGGCUGAAAAAUGGAAGCGGAGAUGGUACUGAAUUUCGAUCUCAGCAGGAGGCUGACAGCAAACAUUGGAGUCUAGUUCCAGAAUUUUGUCGGAUGCAUCGUCUUCCCUUGAGCACAAAAUAUUUGGCUUUACUAGCAAAGGACAAUGAUUGGGUACUCCUGUUUCUUUUAUUCUCGUUCUUAGUCCAGGUAAAAUUUAUUUCUCCAAUCCUCAUCUUGUUGGUGUCUUGUAGGUUGGAUUUCUUACUGAAGCACAGCUUGGGGGAUUUCCAAUUGACACAGUCAUCCAAGUGGUAAGUUUACUUUACAACCUCCGAGCAUGUUAGAGUGAGGAAUGUUUUGUGUAACCUUUUAUUACUAUAUUGUCCUAAUAUCUAUAUUCACCGUGUAUCAUAGUUGGCCAGGACUCUAACUACGACUUAUAUACCUUCAUGGGAUAGUGAUUCUUUCAGAACUUUUAUGAAUGGUUGUUUCGUCUAUGAUACAGUUGUCUACGUUAUGACUUGUCUGCCUGUAAUAUCUUAGGCAUCUAAAGAGUUCAGUGAUCUGCGGCUCAGGCUUCACAUAUUAACGGUUCUCCGAAGUAUGCAAUCAAUGAGAAAGAAAACUAAUUCCCCGACAAGUUCAACAUCAACAAGGAAGUUCAGUGAAAUGUCAUUUGCUGAAAAUAGCAGUAUAACCCCUGUAGAACUCUUUUCACUUGUUGCGGAUUGUGAAAAGCAGAAGAAUCCUGGUGAGGUCCUUUUACAAAGAGCAAAGGACCUGCGCUGGUCUUUACUAGCAAUGAUUGCUUCAUGUUUUCCGGAUGUCUCUCCUUUGUCAUGCUUGACAGUUUGGUUGGAGAUCACUGCAGCAAGGUGGUUUCAAUGAACUUUUGAAUUAUUAAUUUAAUAUUAGUUCAAUCUUGCCCAUCUAUUAUAUGCUUUUAACAUGAUCCUGAAAGGGAUGUUAGGCAUUUUGUUACUUUUUAGUCUGAAAUUUCUUUUGUUUUCCAUCUUGUUGCUACUUCCAGGGAAACCUCAUCUAUCAAGGUUAAUGACAUUUCCUCCCAAAUUGUGAGAAAUAUUAGAGCUGCUGUCAAAUCAACAAAUGCCCUCUCGAUCAACAGUAAAUCUGUUUCAUUUCAUUAUAACAGAAGGAAUCCAAAGAGGCGGCAGUAUUUGGAGUCCGAAUCAAGAGAUUGCUCGGCAGUUUCUCCUUCAAAUAUUCCAGAUCCUUCGAUUUGCCCUGGUGUUACUGUUGCUGAAGUAACUACUGCUGAAAAGGAAAUAUUGAUUGGAGCUAAUGAAGAAACAAAUUUUUUUCGUGAUCCUGAAGAAGCAUUGCUGUCCCUCUCAAAUAUGGUUGCUGUUCUUUGUGAGCAGCAAUUGUUUCUUCCUUUGCUCAGAGCCUUUGAUAUGUUUCUACCAUCCUGUUCUCUCCUUCCUUUUGUGCGCUUUCUUCAGGUCUGAUAUCGAUGCUUCAGAUCCUUGACAGAAAAUUAUUAUAAUGUAUGCAUCAUUUUUCACCCAGCAUCUGAUACCAGAAUUUUCAACUUUUUCUCUUGCUCUUUCUCUUUUUGAUGGUUGAAGGCAUUUUCUCAAAUGCGACUCUCAGAGGCGUCAGCUCACUUGGCAUCAUUUUCAGCAAGAAUUAGGGAAGAACCAUAUCAUCUAAACUUAAAUGCUGCAAGAGAUGGAAAGAUUGGUGCUCCGUGGAUAAGCACCACCGCUGUAAAAGCUGCAAAUGCUGUACUGUCAACAUGUCCGUCAGCAUAUGAGAAAAAAUGCUUGCUGCAACUUCUGGAUGCUGCGAACUUUGGUGAUGGGGGAGCUGCAACUACAUGCUUUCGGCGGGAAUACUGGAAAGUUAAUGUGGCUGAUCCUCUGCUAUGCAAUGACAAUGAUGUUUGCUUAGGAAAUGAAGUCCUUGAUGAUGCUUCAGUUUUGAUGGCACUGGAGAGAAGUGGGAAAUGGGAGCAAGCUCGUAAUUGGGCAAAGUUGAUGGAAUCAAGUGGCGAGACUGGGAGAUCCUCAGUUCACCAUGUUACUGAAAUGCAGGUAAGAUAUGGCAAGUCUGAUAAUUCUGUAAAUUUUAUUUUCAAAUGAUGAAUGAAUCUCAGAAUGUGUAGACCGAUGGAAUCCACUAAAAUAACUGAACUUUUGUAGCAUGCAUUCGAUCACUGAUGCAGUCGACAUGUGUGGUGCUCUCAAUUGUAAUUAUAUUUACUUGUGAAAUGUUAGAGUUUUCUACUUAUAAUCAAGAUCUCACUUAUGAAGGGAAUUAAAGUGUAGAUGCUAUCAUGAAAUUUGGCACUUUAAAUGUUAAUGCUUGCCGUUUCAAAUGACAUUCUUAAUUGCUUUCAACAAUUUUGAAGUAAUAUCAUUUCAGCUAGCUGUGGUUGCCUAUGGGUGCUACCAUGGAACUGUAUGCUUGUUAAAAAUCUCGUUGUUUCCUUCUUCGGUUGACUUCAUUAAAAACUUUUACUGUUGGAAGUAAUACCAUUUAAUCCAGCCAUAGUUGUCGAUAGUAGAAACCUGUGAAAUGAGGAUAUCGGAGUUUAUUUAAAUGGGAGCAAUUUACUUGUGACUGUUCUGAAUAAAUGUUGUAUAAUGAUUACCUUGUAGGAAUUAAUCAGUUUUUCUAAUUGGAGUCCAUUUCAUUAUUCCAUCGCUGUUGAUUGUCUAUUGGACUGUAUUUCAGGCUGAGGCCAUGGUAGCAGAAUGUAAGGAGUUCCUUUGGGAUGUUGCAGAAGAGAGAACUGCUCUAUGGAGCCACUGUCAGAGACUUUUUGUUCGUGAUUCCCUUCCUGCACUACAGGUCAUGCUUUUCCCAGAUGCAGAUAUGCAUAUUGACAGGCCUGUGUCCGUUGGGUAUGUUCAGAUUUUGUCUUAAUGAUGUUCGCUUCUGUUUUUAAUUCAGGCGGGGAAGUUUUUUCUAAGGCAUGCGGAAGCUAUGGAGAAAGAGAUUCCGGCUAGAGAAGUGCAUGAAAUCCUCCUCCUUUCUUUACAAUGGUUAAGUGGAACUAUGACUGAGUCUAGCCCGUAAGUUUUCCCCCAACAAUUUUCUGCGCUUUGUAUUAUGUUUUUAAACUGAUAUUUCAUCUGCGUCGUAUACAGAGUUUAUCCAUUGCACCUUCUCCGAGAGAUUGAAACUAGAGUUUGGCUCUUAGCUGUAGAAUCAGAGUCUCAAUCCACGACUGAUCAUGAUCAUUAUGUGCCUAGUUCUCUCCAGAACCCACCUGGUGGAAAUAGCACGAGCGUUAUAGAACAUACUGCGACUAUCAUUGCAAAAAUGGAUAAUCAUAUGAAUACCGUGCAAAUAAGAGCUAAGGAGAGGAGUGUAGCAAGGGAAAGCAAUCAGUUACAACCCCGGCAUUGGCUAUCCUCAGAUGCAAGUUCUCUAUCUGCGGCUGGGAACAGUACAAAGCGAAGAGGCAAAGUUUCUGUCAAGCCAAGUCUGUCAUUUAUGGAUAAUACACACAAGGAUACCGAAACUGCCGAAAAUCCCAGUGCUUCCCACACUAAUAAGACCAACAGUUCAUUGUUGAGACAAUAUCAUGUAGAGAAUGUGAAAAUAGAGAGCGCAUUUUUAGGAUGGGAAGAACGAUUGAGACCUGCUGAGUUGGAGAUGGCUGUCCUUUCAUUAUUGGAAUUUGGGCAAGUAACAGCUGCUAGGCAGCUUCAGCAGAAACUCUCUCCAGCAAGUCCACCAUCUGAACUUAUAAUCAUUGAUGCUGCAUUAAAAAUCGCAUCUAUUCUAUCACCCAGCACCAGUGGAAAAAUUUCUGUAUCUGCUUUGGAUCCUGAACUGUCUUCAGUUAUUGAAUCGUAUGAUAUCAAUUGUAGAGACAACUGUGACUUGCUACAGGUUUGGUUUUAAGAUUCAGUUAUUUUAUUUGUCACGUUCGUUUCUUCAUUCUCAUACCUCAUCGAAAAUGUGAUAAAUUCAGUUGUAUUUGGAGCUUUUCCUAGUUUUUGUUUGUUGCUGUGACUAUGCUUUGAAUACUGAUGAGAAAAUUUUAAAUAUUGUUUCCUAGGAUCUGAGUGUGGGUCGCUGCCAUAUUCUUCUUAUUGCUCUUUUACAGGUUCUGGAAACAUUGACCACGAAGUGUAGUGAAGGUUGUGGGCGUGGAUUGUGCAAGAAAAUUGUAGCGGUUGUUAAAGCAGCAAAUGUUCUCGGCCUGUCAUUCUCAGAGGCAUUUGAAAAACGUCCUAUUGAACUUCUUCAGUUGCUCUCUCUCAAAGCACAAGAUUCACUGGAAGAAGCCAGGUUACUUGUGCUGACCCACACCAUGCCUCCAGCAAGCAUUGCAAAGAUUCUUGCAGAAUCCUUUUUGAAGGCAUGGUUUCUCAAUAGUUUGUUCGUUCGAUGAAACUUAAGAUGUUUUAUUAUAACUUGAACGUGCAUGAAAACGGUCCUAAUCCUCCUUUCAGGGACUGCUGGCAGCGCAUCGUGGAGGAUAUAUGGAUUCUCAAAAUGAUGAAGGACCUGCUCCUCUCUUGUGGAGGUUCUGUGACUUCCUAAAAUGGGCUGAACUUUGUCCAUCUGAACAAGAAAUUGGGCAUGCACUUACACGUUUAGUUAUGACUGGACAAGAAAUACCACAUGCAUGUGAGGUAUUAUGUACUUCCAUAAUGUUUUAUUUGUUGAAUAAAUUAUUCUGGUUGUCAUUUUAAAAACAUGACAACCAUCUUGCUCGAUUGACACUAUGAUGCAAGUUUUCAAAUUUUGAUUUAGCAUGAAAUUGUAUUGGUCGUGGGAAAUUGAUCUCAGAUUAUUUUUGUGUAGUUGAGCCUUAAAGGAAGAUGUUAUUAUUUUCUUGAAUCAUUCCGCCUGAAGACAUGUUUUUUUCACCUUUAUAUAAUAAAAAAAUAUGAAAGGGCCUUUUUGUGGAACUGACAUAGGAAAAUAGUAACUAGGGUAGUCUGAAGUACCUCCGGGAAAUCAUAGAUAAGCCAGUUGUAGUUUCCGGAUAGAGAUGGAAAAAUUAAAUGAGGACAGGCUGUUAGGGAGAUGAACAUGAAAACUUUAAGUGCAUUCAUUAUAGCAUAUUUGUGGAAACUGCGCCUGCUGUUGUAGAUAAUCAGGAGAGUUGAAUUGUAUAGACCUCAUAAAUGACAAUUAUAUGACCUUGCUCAUGAUGAUAUGAGACCCAUGAGGUUGAUGUCAAGCCUUCAAACAUAAAACAUGUCCAUACUUCUAGAUUACGUGUAGCAGAGGUACAAAGUCACGAGAGUGUGAAAAUUAUGCCCAAGAUUUUGUGUAUUAUGAGCCAGCUACUUGGAGGACUGUCUCAUCAUUCCAUUGUGUCAUUUUCAUAAUCAUAGUUCGAUGAAGAUCAAAUGCGUAGGAGAACAGUGAGCUUCUCUCCUUAGAGAACAGCCAUGUUCAUUGUAAAGGGGACACUUUUCUUGUCAUCCGACUAUCACAUGGUCCUAUGCACGUUGGUUCGGAUGAGAUUGACAUGCAGAGUAUGGUGUUGACAUGAUUAUUUAAUGGCUAUUAAAGGUAAUGUUUCCCAUGAAGUCUGUGACAACCACAAUAUCAAACGCGUCUACAUCCCUGGCUGCAAUUAAAUAACUGCCGUAAAGUAUUGUUCUUAUUAUGACGAUGCAUAUCUUUCAUACAUAUUUUUGUUGAAGACGAAUGAUACCUAGACGCAGAGCAAUCUCGAUGCCUUACUGUUAACAGUACUGUUCUAUAAUUUUAUCCAAAGCUCCGAAUUUACGGUGCCAUUUUUUGUAAAUGAAGCACAAUUAAUCAUAGGAACAUGCUUAAUCGGGCAUUUUAUAUGAGUCAUGUUUCUUAUUAACACAUUCACAAGGUGUUGUAAUUAUUCUUUUGGAAGUUGAAUCAUAUCGUAUGGUCUAGGGUAUACAUCGGAAUCAUCCAAACUUGAUCCACCAGUAGGAAUAUGGAAAUUUAGUGAGAGAAUGUGGAUGUGCAUUUCCUCCUGGUAUUGUUGCAAUUCAACAAGUUUCCUUCCGUCAUGGAUUUAGCUAUUGCCAAUCCUGAUCCAAAAUGGUCAAUCAAAAUCCCCAUAUCCCUUUUUGCAGUCCUGAUCCUCUGCAUGUUGGAUUUUGCUUUCAUUAUGCUAUUUAGGGUGAGGGGCCGUGGACUGUCUCGGUUUUUAUCAUUCCAUGUGAAACCUAUUGGCUCGAUUUCAAAUAUCUUGAAUGGAACUGUGACUAUAAUCUGUUAAAGCUUGUCGUUCCUUGAAAUGACUACAGAUAGAUUUUUGGUACAUUUAUGAUUAGCAUGUAAAAUGUUAGCCAGCAUUUAUAACCUGUUGGCAUUUACAUCUUAUGGGCCUUGAAUAUUUACACUCUUCCCACAGUUUGUUCGUUCCAUUCACGUAUAUAUUUUGCUAAAAGGAAUGAUUGAAAUGCCAUGUCAGGUUGAGCUCCUCAUACUUUCCCAUCACUUCUACAAGUUGUCUGCCUGCCUCGACGGAGUCGAUGUUCUGGUGGCCCUGGCAGCAAAGAGGGUGGAAUCAUAUGUGUUAGAGGGUGAUUUUUCUUGUUUGGCUCGCUUGGUGACUGGGGUCAGCAACUUCCACGCCCUGAAUUUCAUCCUAGGCAUUCUCAUCGAGAAUGGCCAAUUGGAGCUUCUCCUGCAGAAGUACUCAGCCGCUGAUCCUGCCACGGGUACGACUGAGGCAGCCACAGGAUUUCGAAUGGCUGUCCUGACAGCAUUGAAGCAUUUCAGCUCCCAUGAUCUUGAUUCAAAUGCCAUGGUUUGUACAUGAGAUCCUCUUCUCUACUUCCGUUCUCUUACUUUCUUACAUUUCUAGCUAGAAGUUAAUCUGUUAUUUAGAGACUUCUUGCUCGCUCCAGGGGUCUUAGCCACCGAUGAACGAGAUCAUAUGAGAUGAUCUCUUCAUCUCUAUUUCUUGGCCCACAUAUCUUCUUCAUAUGCAUGCGUACAAGUUCCCCUUUCUUAGUUUUCCUUUUUUUCCGCAAGAAUCCUCAUCUUAAAUACGAUGAAGUCGAGUUUUUCUCAGCUAAUUUGAAAAUCUUCGCUGAACUUGAAAACCGAAAAGCACGUUGCACUUCCCUGAACUCGAGUUUUCCACUGGGAGUUUCCUGCGAACUUGAUCAGACCUCUCAGACCUCUGGGAUCCGAACUGGAUCAAUAUUGCAUGGCGCUGCCAGUCGCUCUGUCUCUUGCUUACUCUUCCGCUCCCAUUUACUGAUCGCGCAGAUCUACAGCCACUUCGACAUGAAGCACGAGACGGCCUCGCUGCUGGAAUUCAGGUCCAGGCAGUGUAUGCAGCAGUGGCUCACCCGGCCCGAGAAGGAGCGGCAGAACGAGGCUCUCCUGGAAGCGAUGCGCUUCCUGAUCGAGGCCGCCGAGGUGUACGCCACCGUCGACGCCGGCCAAAAGACCCACCGCGCCUGCGCCCGCGCCUCCCUCCUCUCCUUGCAGAUCCGCAUACCCGACAUUCACUGGACGGACCUCUCCGACACCAACGCCCGCCGGGUUCUCGUGGAGCAGUCGCGCUUCCAGGAGGCCCUCAUCGUCGCCGAGGCCUACGGCCUGAACCAGCCGAGCGAGUGGGCUCCCGUCCUGUGGAACCGGAUGCUCAGGCCGGACCUGAUCGAGCAGUUCGUGGCGGAGUUCGUGGCCGUGCUCCCCCUGCAGCCGUCGAUGCUCCUGGAGCUGGCUAAGUUCUACAGGGCCGAGGUGGUGGCCCGGGGGGACCAGUCUCACUUCUCCGUGUGGCUCUCCCCCGGGGGGCUGCCGGCGGAGUGGAUCAAGCACCUGGGCAGGUCCUUCCGCUGCCUAUUGAAGAGGACCAGGGACCUGCGGGUAAGAGCCCAGCUCGCCGCCGUCGCCACGGGCUUCAACGACGUGGUCGAGGCCUGCAACAGGAUACUCGACAAGGUGCCGGACCUGGCGGGGCCACUCAUCCUCAGGAAGGGCCACGGUGGGGCCUACCUUCCGCUCAUGUGA